UACUUUCACCCCAACUUUCACCCGAAGGUAUGUGAUCAGCCAACUAUACGCUCGGUACAAUGGAGCUCGAAUUGCGGAAGGCAACUUGAAGGAAUUGGAAGAUUGGGAAAUUGGAGCUCAAAAUGUUUUAAUUCGAGAAAUUGAUGAAGUACUAACGGAAAAGGUUCAUCAGUACCACGAUGGGCCUAUCGGACCCAACAGGACAAAUGUACUUGACCAAAUUGGCAAUAUAAUUCUUAAAAAGUUUGGAAAUGGGAAAAAUUAUUUUCUUGAACUACUCAUGGUUGCGACUCAUGAAUCGAAAUCUUGGAACGACCUCGAAAGCUUUUAUUACAUUUUGAAACACUUGAAUUCCUUUGCCCUUUCGGCGAAAGAAAGGCUUAUGAAAGCAUACACUUCGGGCGAUCUAAAGUUUGACGGUAUUGUUCUCGAAUCUCUGAAAGUCGAUUAUCCAGAUCAAGACAUAACUGGGCGAAAGGAAGACACGUUUUACACAAAUUGGAAUCAUAAAAGGUUCUACAUUAAGAAAUGCAACCAAACAGCGACGGUCGGAAAACGAAUGCUUAAUCACGCAAAUUUCGACUACCAACUAAAAAUUGAAUCACUCCUAGACCCCAAAACUAAUGCAACGGUUGACAUAUUCCUAUCUCCAAAGUUUGAUUUUGAUGGAAAGGCAAUCCAUCCCAGUGACUACUACAAGUACAUGUUUCAAAUGGACCACUUUGAAAUAGAAAUAAAAAACGGAGAGAACCAAAUCGUCCGUUCCUCCACAAGCUCCCCCCUCUUCACCCGAGGAGACCAUUCCUUCAUGAAACAGCUUCAAGACGUUAUAGACGCAGAGACAGGUUACACCCACUUAUCCGUCGCCAACAAAAAGCUUAUAAAUUGCGGAUUUCCAUCAAAUCUCAUGAUUCCGAAGGGUGGUGGGGAGCAACAACCUCUCAAAUUUUUACUCUUUGCAAUAAUCACACCAUCAUCCGGCCAUGAAAAUAUUUUCACCCUCUGCAAAGGUGCCAAUCUUAGCAAGAUCUUUCCACAAGACCUUUCCACAUCCACAAAAUCUUUUGGAUUCCCGUUCGACAGGGGAUUUGAAUCCGAAAAUGUUUUGAAGGAUUUAGAAAAUUAUAAAAUUGUUCAAGUCGAUUCCAUCAUGGAAAGUGGGGAGGACGAAUACAGUGAUAGUUUGUGAUCUUCUUGUUACACAAAUAUUUUUACAGCAGAAAAUUUUAAGAAACUUGUGUGCUUUUACAUUUUUUUUUAAACCCGACCGUUGAUCAUGCAAAUCAGUUAAUUUUUUACAAAGUCAACUUAUUAAUCAAAACCACUUCUCUAUUGGACGAGUGAUUUUACAAGCGGAGGAAUUGAACUCACCCGAAGAACAGUUCUUCUGUUGUUUUUGUCAUUACAUAAGUAAGAGCAACCAUAUUACACGAGUUACAUGUUACAUUACAGUACAGGUUACAACAGUCCAUCGUAAAAUAGUGUGAAUAGCCUUUAAAUUAUUAACUGCGAAAUCUUCUCAUCCACACAAACUUGGUAUAAUAAAGGAGCGAACAAGGGUCAUAUUUAAUUUUUCUGUAGCUCAAUUCUCUUUGUGGGCGUUAAGAUUUUACAUUUUAUGUAUUUAAUUUUAAGAAUUUUAUAUGAUAAUCGUGUCACACAAUAAGAAAUAGAACAUGUUACUCACAAAAACUGAAAUUAUAUUACAAAAAUAGUAAAAUUAUAACGUGUUCAAAAUCAGAAUUACAUAAAAAUAAAAUGUG